GCUUCAUUUUAAUCAGGAUUAUUAAUGAUUUUCUUUUAAAUACUUUUCAGCGAAAACCUUUUUAAACGGCAAUCGCUAUGAAGGAGGUUAUAAAAACAACAAGAAGCAUGAUCAUGGCACUUACUAUCGGGCUAGUGGAGGCAAGUAUGUGGGUGAAUGGGCUCAUGGUGUUCGCAAUGGGCAAGGAGUACUUACAUGGCCAAGUGGCGAUCAAUAUGAAGGGAGUUGGGAAAACGACACGAUGCAUGGUCGUGGCACUUUAUAUUGGGCCACUGGAGACAAGUAUGUGGGCGAAUGGGCUGAUGAUGUUCGCAAUGGGCAAGGAAUACUUUCAUGGCCAAGUGGCGAUCGAUAUGAAGGAAGUUGGAAAAACGACGAGAAGCAUGGUCAUGGCACUUACUAUUAGGCCGAUGGAAGGAAGUAUGUGGGUGAAUGGGCCGAUGGUGAUUUCAAUGGGCAAGGAAUACUUUCAUGGCCAAGUGGCGAUCGAUAUGAAGGGAGUUGGAAAAACGACACGAUGCAUGGUCAUGGCACUUUAUAUUGGGCCAGUGGAGACAAGUAUGUGGGCGAAUGGGCUGAUUAUGUUCGCAAUGGGCAAGGAGUGCAUACAUAUCCAAGUGGCGAUCGAUAUGAAGGAAGUUGGAAAAGCCACAAGAGGCAUGGUCAUGGCACUUACUAUUGGGCCGAUGGAAGGAAGUAUGUGGGUGAAUGGGCCGAUGAUCUUCGCAGUGGGUAA